GGGAAGCUCGACGCAUGCUUCCUUCCUUAAUGUCGGCCGGUCCGAAGGAUUCGAGUGUUGCACGGUGUUCAGUGGCUCGCGUUGGAUCCCCGGUGAUCGUUCUAGCGGACUCCUCGAUCGUGCGCGUUCCGUGUGGAUCACGGGUGGAUCGCGUACCGAACUUGCCGCCGACAUCCCGUGAGUGAUCGUUUCGAAACGUGUGCCGCGCUUUUCCUCCAAUCUGUCGCGAAUUAUCCUCCGAAAAACGACUAUACUUCUUCCUCUUGCGCGUCUUCCGUUGCUUCGAGAGCCUCCGGGGACACUGUCCGUUGCUCGCGUUGUGUAUUUCCGCAUUCGAUAGCAAUUUUCGUGUCCACAAAGGACGAAGGGAGAAGUAGUUUCGUUCUUCGAAUCCUGCAUGUGAAGCCUCCGUGUUCGCUGCUUCGAUCUUCGACAGAGACUUCGUUGCAUGGCCAGUUUCUGAUCCUUGUGCGUUACACCGGAGAAAAGAACUAUUUCCGUUCGCGUUUAUUUUGCUUUUUGGUAUUUCUCGUCUUUUUUCGAGAUUUCGAUCUACGAUGAUACUUUGUGCAUGGUGUUGCUGCAUGUUGAGUGGUAAUUUCGUAUUCAACCAGACACGGUUGACGCGUACUUGAAGCAAUGGAUGAUGAAGUAAUUAGUGGGAACCAAAACAAUAAGAGAUCACCGAUGACGCUGAACGUCAGCGGACUGUGGGACGUUGUUCCUCGUUUGGAUCACUACAGAUUGAGUCGACGCGCUAAGAGGCCAUCGUUGAGCACCCUGCACGAAGGAAAUCUUAUAAAGGACCCCAAUAUAGAGGCUGGUCAGAUUGGAACAUCCCAGCAGAAGCACACGGGGAUAAAGUUAGGAUGGAUCCAAGGUGUCUUGAUACCAUGCCUCCUCAAUAUAUGGGGUGUAAUGCUUUUCCUGCGACUGUCCUGGGUGGUGGCCCAGGCGGGCAUAUUGCACAGCGUCAUCAUUAUCGGAAUAUCCGCGGCAGUCUGCGUCAUCACGACGCUUAGCCUCAGCGCAAUUAGUACUAAUGGGGAAGUAAAGGGAGGUGGCAUAUAUUUCAUCAUAUCGCGAACCCUGGGGGCGGAAUUCGGGGCCUCCGUAGGAAUUGUAUUCGCGUUUGCCAACGCAGUAUCGGCUUCGAUGAACACUAUCGGUUUCUGCGACUCCUUGAACGAUCUGCUGCGGGAACAUAACUUGAAAAUCAUCGACAACGGAGUGAACGACGUUCGAAUCGUAGGCAUAUUCGCUCUGAUCGCCAUGAUUAUGGUCUGCGCGGUCGGAAUGGAAUGGGAAUCAAAGGCACAAAACUUCCUCAUAGCCAUCAUCGUCGCCGCCAUCUUUGACUUCUUGAUCGGUACCAUUAUGGGUCCGUCGAGUAUACCCCAGAAAGCACACGGAUUUAUUGGAUUUUCGUCCGAGGUGUUCAUGAGCAACUUGGGAACGGAUUACCGGUUCUCGGAGAACAGCAACCAAACGUUCUUCUCGGUGUUCGCCAUUUUCUUCCCGUCGGUGACCGGGAUACAGGCUGGCGCGAACAUAUCCGGCGAUUUGAAGGAUCCAGCCAGCAGCAUCCCAAUUGGAACUCUUUUGGCGUUGCUUAUUUCGAUGCUCAGUUACCUCACUUUCGUCCUGUUCGCCGGUGGGGCUGCUUUGAGAGACGCCAGUGGCUUGGUGGGCGCGAACAACACCAUAAUAAAUUGCAUCCCACAAGUGAAUUGCACUUUUGGAUUGCACAACAGUUACUCGGUGAUGCAACUUAUGUCUGUUUGGGGGCCCUUCAUCUACGCAGGCUGUUUCGCCGCGACCCUCUCGACAGCUCUGACGAACUUACUGUCGGUGCCACGAUUGAUCCAGGCACUGGGACAAGAUCGAAUUUAUCCCGGUCUGAUCUACUUCAGCAAAGGAUACGGGAAACACGGCGAACCUUAUCGCGGCUACGUCCUGACGUUCUUUGUCGCGGUGUUAUUCCUUCUCAUAGCGAAUUUGAACGCAGUCGCGCCUUUGAUCUCAAACUUCUACUUGGCGUCCUACGCCUUGAUCAACUUCUGCACAUUUCACGCGGCACUGAUUCGACCGAUUGGAUGGCGACCAACCUUCAGAUAUUACAACACCUGGCUGUCGCUGUUCGGUUUUAUCACGUGCGUCGCCAUAAUGUUCCUGAUCGAUUGGGUGACGUCGCUGGUCACGUUCGUCAUUAUAUUCGCGUUGUACUUGAUAGUCGUCUACCGGAAACCGGACGUGAAUUGGGGUAGCAGUACGCAGGCGCAAACGUACAAGACUGCAUUAUCGACCGUGUAUCGACUGAAUUCGAUGGACUCUCACGUCAAGAAUUACGCUCCUCAAAUUUUGGCGCUGACUGGACCACCCAGCUCCAGGCCAGCGUUGCUGCAUCUGGCCAAUCUUAUUACGAAAAAUCACUCGCUGUUGAUUUGCGGUGAAGUGUAUCCGACCAAUUUGUCUUAUCGUUUCCGAUCGGUACGACUGAGAAACGGCUACGGGUGGUUGCAUCAGCAACGCAUAAAGUCGUUCUAUCACGUAGUGGAGGACUUGAGUUUCGAAAGGGGCGCGUCAGCGUUGAUGCAAGCCUCAGGGGUCGGAAAAUUGGCGCCAAACGUGGUUCUAAUGGGCUACAAAACCCACUGGUCCACUUGCAACCACAAGGAUCUUCAAGAAUACUUCAACGUCCUCCACAACGCGUUCGACCAAAAAUUGGCCGUGGCGAUGCUACGAAUCGCGGAAGGUCUGGAUUGUUCCGGGGUUGUAAUCGCAAAUGGCGACGAGGAACACGGUGCUUUGGCGCAGAGCAGUUACGACUUAACAGGAAGCACUUUGAUGCACGUCGACAGCAAUUUGUCUAUGUCCAGUCAAAUUCCAAGGGUACAGAGUGUACCAACAAUGGGAACUCCGUUCGUACCUGUCGAUGGGCCACAAAUAAUCAGGGACUCGCCAACUCAUGGAAGCGCUCGAGAUCACUUAAAACACAAAAAGAAACACGCAAUCGAAAAGCUAAUGGAGAAGCGGCACGCAAUGGCAACUGUGCCUGAACACGUGACAAUUUUCCAGAGAAAACAUAAAAGUGGUACGAUCGACGUAUGGUGGUUGUACGACGACGGAGGUUUGACGAUCCUUUUGCCAUACAUUAUUAGCACACGCUCAAACUGGGAACAUUGCAAGAUGAGAAUUUUUGCAUUGGCCAACCACAAGCAGGACAUUGUGGCGCAAGAAAAAGAAAUGUCGGAGAUUAUGUCGAAGUUCAGGAUAAAAUAUACCAGCCUCAAAAUGGUGGACGAUAUCAGUGUAGAACCAAAGCAGGAAACGCAAGAUUUCUUCGAUAAACUCAUAUCAGAUUUCCGAAAAAACGAUCCUGCCGACACAGAAUGCUGUGUCACGGAACUUGAACUUCAAUCUCUAAAAGAUAAGACUCAUAGGCAAUUGAGACUUCGAGAAUUGUUGUUGGAAAACUCCAGUCAGUCCACGUUGGUUGUAAUGUCGUUGCCAAUGCCACGAAAAGGCGCGGUUUCCGCCCCACUCUACAUGGCAUGGCUGGAAGCAUUAACCAGGGAUAUGCCACCGACGCUUUUAAUACGCGGGAAUCACACAUCAGUAUUGACAUUCUAUUCGUAGUCCACCGAUGUUAUUCUAAACGAUAAUAUAAUUUUAGUCUCCGAGAAGGUUGCGUUAAGCAGCGUCAUGGUAAAGUCCGAGCCGCGGCUUGGACAUUUUUUGAUGCGGACAGACAGUAUUCGGUAUAUUCAUGCCAAAAAUUAUUUAGGUGCUAUGAUCUGUUUUCGUUUUUAUACAGUAUUCCUCUCAACUUCGGACCCUGUGGUACUUAAUGACGAUAUUAUUUUAGCGUAGAUGCGAAAGACAACAGUACAGGGACACCACUAAAUGGUAAUGUAACUUCAAUACUUGUAGGAGCGUAGGGCACACGAAUAAAGAACUAUACGAUACAGGGUGUUCGGCCACCCCUGGGAAAAAUUUUAAUAGGAGAUUUUAGAGGCCAAAAUAAGACGAAAAUUAAGAAUAUCAAAUUCUUUAUUGAGGC